AUGGGGAUAGAAGAAAAAACACAUUUGCUUGUAACAGGCAAUAAGGAAAUGUCUAUGCUGGUAGGAACGGCGCAGGCGCAUAUCAUGUCUCCAGACAAGGGAUACACGGUGAAAAGAAUAUCUCCAUCCAAUACCUUCAUAGUGAAGAAAGGAAACAAGUACAUAGAGAUCAAGUACAUGCUGGAGCUUGUCGAGAAUCCCUUGGACCUUGAAAAGAUCUCUGGCUUCGUUCCGUCGAGCUCCCUAUGGAAUCUGCUUCCUGCAGUCGACGUCAAAGGCCAUUUCCACUUAGGGGAUCGCCAGAUGAAGCUUGCAGAGAAGGAGCUGAAGUUGCUAAGGCUAGACAAUGGAUAUGCAAAAAUUAAUUACAAGGACACAGCAGACGUGUUGUGCUACAUGAACAGUAUCAAGGAAUGCCCAGACUUCAACCUCAGAAUGGACAUUUAUCCACAAGUAGUUAAGAAAUGGGCUCUGGAUAACUUUGUAGGAGACUCAACAGAAAUAGGACUCUAUUGCUUAUUAACCUGCGAUGAAGGAAGUGACAUGCCAAACUUCCUGAAGCGGUGGAAAGAGUCAGUCCUGGAUGAGGUGAGUGUAGAGAGCCUUAUCAAGCACAUGGACUCCAUUUUCCUUCCUUCGGAAAAGAAGGCAAGGCUACGCCAAUACCUCAGUAAAUUGGUUGGAUAG